AUGGCGUUGGUCGGCAUGAUAGAAAAUUUCAAGCCAAAGGAAUCUGAUAUAACAAUUCAUAUAGAGCGUAUUGAGCAGUUAUUCAGCUGCAAUGAGAUAGCUGAUAAUGAAAAAGUAUCGCUGUUCUCAACCUUGGUUGAGGGAGAGGCGUACUGUGUGCUGAAGGAUUUAUUGGCCCCCACGUUACCAAGUGCCAAAACAUACUCAGAAUUGAAAGAUGUUUUGUUGGCACACUAUUGUCCAAAACGGUUGAAAAUUGCUGAGCGAUAUAAGUACUACGUGCUAGUCAAGAAAGCGAUGAAGAUGUUGAAACAUACUCUGUCAAAUUGA